AAUGUCAAGCAAUUUCAAAAACUCGUCAACCACCAGCAGUUUCGGUAGUGGUAUUUUAUUUAAUUUACGGAGUUUUUAUAGUUAUUCGCCUGAAAUUCAUGAAAAAUUGGGAAAGCAAUCGUAUAGAAAUAACGAAAGCAACUUCAUAAUGGACGAACAUACGUUACGAUAUGAGAAAAUUGACUUUUUAGGUGAAGGGCAGUUUGCUACAGUUUAUAAGGCAAGGGAUGUGAAAACUGACAAAAUAGUGGCAGUGAAAAAGAUUAAAAUCGGCUCUCGCCUUGAAGCGCAAGAUGGUAUUAAUAGAACUGCUCUACGAGAAAUCAAGUUAUUGCAAGAACUGCAACAUAUUAACCUCAUAGGAUUGCUUGAUGUGUUCGGACAAAAAUCAAAUGUAUCUUUGGUAUUUGACUUCAUGGAUACUGACUUAGAAAUAAUAGUUAAGGAUAACAAUAUAGUACUUACUCCAGCUAAUGUUAAGGCCUAUAUGAUUAUGACUUUAAAAGGUUUAGAAUAUUUACACCAGAACUGGAUUUUGCAUAGAGACUUAAAACCAAACAACUUGCUUAUAAAUCGUGAAGGUAUUCUAAAAAUAGGAGAUUUCGGUCUGGCUAAAGCAUUUGGAUCUCCAACUAGGAUUAAUACACAUCAAGUUGUUACAAGGUGGUACAGAUCACCCGAGCUUUUAUUUGGGGCAAGGCAAUAUGGCACUGGAGUGGACAUGUGGGCAAUAGGGUGUAUCCUGGCUGAACUACUGCUCAGAGUCCCAUUCUUGCCUGGAGAGUCAGAUUUAGAUCAACUAUCAAGAAUUUUCCAGGUGUUUGGAACACCUUCGGAAGAAACAUGGCCUGGAAUGAAGAAUCUCACGGACUAUGUGCAGUUUAAGCAGUUUCCGCCGCAACAGUUGCGCCACAUAUUCAGUGCUGCUUCAGACGACCUUAUACAGCUGUUAGAGAGCUUGUUAUCCAUUUACCCUCCAAAGAGGUGUGAUUGUACACAAGCUUUACAAAUGUCUUAUUUUAGCAACAAACCAGCUCCAACUGUCGGCGCGAAACUCCCCAUGCCUUCCAAUAUCACAAAAAUAGAGACUGAGAAGCCUUCACUAAAGAGAAAACUUCUGGAAAAUAUUGAUGGAGGAUCAUUAGCAAAGAGGCUACAGUUUUAACUGCUUCCCCAAGUUUAUAUCACAGCUAGUACAAUGACAGAGGUGCAAUUUCAUAACUGGAAGAAGCAUUAUUUUUUAUGUAUGUAUAGUAAAUGAAUUAU